GCUGUUUAAGAAGAUGGCUUUGUUUUUCCCGCCAUGUUGGAUGUUCGGAAGUUUCGUCAAUAUUAAAGUGCAUUUUAUCAUUAAUUAAGUGCAAUUGCACUGUAUAUUGGACACAGGAAAUACUCUAAAUAGUGUGUUUUGUUAUUCCUGAAUCAAAAAACGCAAAAUGGGUUUUCUUAAACUACUUGAAUUGGACAACUUCAAGUCCUACCGCGGUAAGCAGACAAUUGGUCCAUUCAAGCCAUUCACUGCCAUCAUCGGACCCAAUGGAGCAGGAAAAUCCAAUUUGAUGGAUGCCAUCAGUUUUGUGUUAGGUGAGAAGACAUCAAACCUUCGUGUGAAGAAAUUAUCGGAUCUAAUACACGGUGCACCAAUCAACCAACCAGCAUCAAACCGUGCUACUGUGACAGCUGUUUAUGCUGAGGAAGAUGAUACUGAGAUUAGGUUCACUAGGAUCAUAAUGGGAGCCUCUAGUGAAUACAGAAUCAACAACAAAGUGGUGACUAUGCAGGCCUACACCCAAGAACUUGAGAAGUUGGGCAUUUUGAUCAAAGCCAAGAACUUCCUGGUGUUUCAGGGAGCUGUGGAGUCGAUUGCUAUGAAAAAUCCUAAAGAAAGAACAGCUCUAUUUGAGGAGAUCAGUAACUCUGGUGAAUUGAAGGAAGAGUAUGAGAAAAGGAAGGCUGGGAUGCUGAAAGCAGAAGAAGACACCCAGUUCAACUAUCACAAAAAGAAAGGUAUAGCUGCCGAACGAAAGGAGGCCAAGUUAGAGAAAGAUGAAGCAGACAGAUACAAGAAGCUCAAGGAAGAUUUGGUUGAACGCCAGAAGGAGUAUCAGCUGUUUAAACUUUAUCACAAUGAACAAGAUAUUGAUCGAUACCAAGACGACCUCAAGGACAAGUCCAGAGACUCAGACCGGGCUACCCGCAAACGGGAGACGGUUGAAGAACAGAUGAAAGGGAAGAAGAAGGAACUUGGGCAACUUCAAAGGGAACUGGCAGCAAUUGAGAAAGACAUGAGAGAGACAGAAGUGGAACUAAACAAGAAGAGACCGUUGUACAUCAAAGCCAAGGAGAAAACCACACACACACAGAAAAAGCUAGAAACUGCCAGAAAGUCAUUGAAAAGUGCGAAGAAAGCACAUGACACUCACUCUAAUGAGAUCCAGCAGCUUGAGCAGGAACUUAGCGGAGUUGAGAAGACAAGGGAAGAGUGGGAGGAGCGACUGGAGGAGGAGAGCCAAAGCCAAGGCAGAGAUCUCACCCUUGAGGAGUCACAGGUUACAGAAUACCACAGCCUCAAGAAAAAAGCUGGUAUAAAGGCCGCUCAACUGCUCCAGGAACUUGAAAAACUGAAUCGGAACCAGAAAUCCGACCAGGACCGUUUAGAUAGCGAAAAACACCGCCGCAGUGAGCUGCAGGCUAAGAUCAAGCAGAAAGAACAUGAGAUGGAGGAGAACCAUAAACGACUUGAGAAACUCAAUGAAUAUAUUCGGACAAGUGAACAGUCAGUGGCAGAUCAACUGCGCCUCAAGGAAACCUUGGAACAAGAAGUGAUGACAGGGAAUAACCGCCUUAAGGAGAUCAACCAGGAAUUGACAACAAUUGUAGAACAGCUAGGAGAAGCCAAAGUCGAUAAACACGAGAGUGUCCGCAAAAACAAAAAAGCAGAGUUGACUGAGAAUUUGAAGAGGUUAUUCCCAGGAGUGUAUGGCCGAUUAAUUGACCUGUGUGAGCCAAGUCAGAAGAAGUACCAAGUGGCCAUCACCAAAGUGUUGGCCAAGAACAUGGAUGCUAUGAUUGUGGACACAGAGAAGACAGCAAGAGACUGUAUCCAGUACAUGAAGGAGCAGAGAGCAGACCCAGAGACAUUCCUGCCACUGGAUUUCAUUGAAGUCAGAGCAACGAAUGAAAAGCUAAGAGAAAUCCGUGAUCCACGAGGUGUGAAGCUUGUAAUUGAUGUCAUCAGAUAUGAUCCUCCGAAUAUCAAGAAAGCGUUGCAGUAUGCUUGUGGUAAUGCUCUGGUCUGUGAGACCGUAGAAGAUGCUCGCAAGAUUGCUUUUGGUGGGACCGAGCGUCACAAGGCUGUUGCUCUUGAUGGAACCAUGUUCCAGAAAUCUGGAAUCAUCUCAGGUGGUGCUAGUGAUUUGAAGGCAAAAGCACGAAGAUGGGAUGAAAAAUCACUGAACACUCUGAAGUCGAGGAAAGUUGAAUUGACAGAGGAGUUGAAGGAAGUGCAAAAGAAACAAAGAAAAGAAUCUGAACUUAAUAACAUUAAGUCUCAGAUCAAUGGUCUUGAGUCACGUCUUAAGUACUCAAUCAAUGACAGAGAUAAUACGCAAAGAAAGAUCUUGACUAAUAAUGAGAAAACCAAACAAAAGUUCUUCCAGGAACUGGAAGGAUUUGGGCCUCGUAUUGAAGCGAUUGAGGAGCAAAUUGCUGAACGUACCGAAUCUAUAAAUGCCAAGAAAACACAAAUGAACUUUGUGGAGGAUGAAGUGUUCGCUGAAUUUUGUGCCUCCAUUGGGGUUGAGAACAUCCGCCAGUACGAGGAGAAAGAACUAAAAGCCCAGCAAGAGAGGGCUAAGAAGAGGUUAGAGUUUGAGAACCAAGUGUCCAGGCUGAAAAAUCAGCUGGAUUAUGAGAAGUCCAGAAACACAGAAGACGCUGUUGUAAGAUGGACAAAACAAGUUGCCCAUGAUGAAAAAGAACUCGAGAAACUCAAGAAAGAAGAAGCCAAACAAAUGAAGCUUAUUGAUGAAGAAUCUGAGUCAAUGACUAAGCUCAAGUUUUCAAAAACGACCAAGAAAUCUCAAAUAGAAGAUAAAAAUUCUGAAGUAGAAGAGAUAAGAAAGAAGAUGGCUCAGUGUAACAAAGAGAUUGCAGCUAUUCAGAAACAGAUAACUGCCACAGAAACUAAGCUAGAGCAAAAGAGAGCAGAUCGACACAGUCUACUAAAGGCGUGCAAGAUGGAAGACAUCAAAUUACCUAUGCGUAGAGGCGCCAUGGAUGACAUCACGGAAGAAGCAGAUUCAUCCAGUCAGCAGGACGAUACAUCCACCGGUCUGGACAGCAUGAGUAGUCAAGGGGCUCGAACCAUCUAUGCCAAGGAAGCAAACAUUGUGCUCAACUACAAAUACCUUCGAGAUGAACUCAAAGAGCUUGAUACUCAUGAAGAGGUGCGUGAAAUGGGCGAGAAACUGACGGCCGAGGUCACCAACAUGCAGGCUACCUUACAGCGCAUCGCUGCUCCUAAUAUGAAGGCUGUUCAAAAAUUAGACGGUGUGAGAGAACGUUUCCAGCACACAGCCGAAGAAUUUGAAGCUGCGAGAAAACGUGCAAAAAAAGCAAAGCAGAAUUUUGAAAUGAUUAAAAAAGAGCGUUACGACCGGUUCAACACAUGUUUUGAACAUGUAUCUACUCGUAUUGAUGAGAUUUACAAGGCUCUGUCCAGAAAUCAGAGUGCACAGGCAUUCUUAGGGCCAGAGAAUCCAGAAGAGCCAUACUUGGAUGGCUUGAAUUAUAAUUGUGUGGCUCCAGGCAAACGCUUCAGGCCAAUGGACAACUUGUCUGGUGGAGAAAAAACUGUUGCUGCCCUCGCACUCUUAUUUGCUAUCCAUAGCUUCAAACCAGCUCCAUUCUUUGUGCUUGAUGAGAUUGAUGCUGCCUUGGACAACACUAACAUCGGCAAGGUGGCGGACUUUAUCAUGGAGCAGUCACAUGGCCACUUCCAGUGUGUCGUCAUCUCACUUAAAGAAGAGUUCUACAACCGUUCCGAUGCUCUCAUUGGUAUUUUCCCAGAGCAAGGUGAAUGCACAAUCAGCAAUACAUUGAGUGUUGACCUCACCCAGUAUCCUGAUGCACCUCUGUCCCCCACCGGAGCACGCUAACCAACCCCCAGCUUUGUAUUUUAUGCCAACACAGUCAGGCCAGUGAAUGUUUUACUACAUUAAACUUUUAUUGGUAUUCAAUAGAAUUUGUUUGAUGUUUAAUCUGUGUUUCUUGCACUGAUCCUUUUUUUUUUGGGAAUAGUUGAUAUUCUAGCACUGCUGGUUUAUCGUAUAUCCAGACAUUCUCCGACUUUUGUUUUCCUGAGAUUUUCAUCUUAUUAACUGUGCGUAUAUUAUGGAGGCGGCAUGGACAUAAGAUUAAUUUAUAUGAGAUGCAGAAAAAAGAGUUCCUGCCCCUUAAACCCUGGCAACAAUACCUGUUGAUAAAUACCUGUGAUUUGUGAGAUACGAGUGUGAUAUUACAUCAUAAUGCCUAUUAUGUGUGAAAAAUGACUCAAAUUUAAUACUAAGUAGCAUGGAAAGGACCUAAUGCACAGUAUCCUUGAUGUAAAGAGACACUCUUAAAAUUAUAUUGAAUUCAAGAGUAAACCAAUGAGGAUGAUACAAGAUGCUCCUUUAUUUAAUGGAAUAAUAUUGUUUUAUGAAUCGUAAUACUUCUUGGAUGCCACAUAACCACGACGAAGAUGAAGACCACACACAAUUGAAUUAGCAAGGAAAUAUGUUUGAUCACGUGAUCAAUGGAAAAUGUGAAGUAACUUUUAUUUUUAAUAUGUGACACACAAGCCUUCACUUCUUCUAUUUUUUGCAGCGUGAGGGAUAUUGGAUUAGUUUACAAUAGACAUGCAUCGGUAGAUUAUUUUUCAAAGAUAAACGCUGCCAUUUCUCUAAUGAAGUACAUUUCCACUUUAUUGUAUAUUGAAAGUUCAUUUGUGCGUAACUACUAUCUACUGAUUGUGCAAAGCCGAUGAUGAUGAUACAAGAUGCUCCUUUAUUUAAUAGAAGUAGUGCAGCUACUAUCUACUGAUUGUGUAAAGCUCUAUAUUAAUAUAAACUACAUAACAAUUUUUAAAAUGCUAAUACACCACUGAUUGUAGUGGUGUAAUUGCAUGUGUUAAUUGUCUGGUAUAUCUGGCUUGAUAUCAUUGUCAAUUUACAGCCUGAACUGUCGUGGAAACUUCCUGUCACCCACCAGGUUGUAACUUGAUAGGUAAUCGGAUCAGUGACCUUAAAUCUUUUCACAAUCAACACCAAAUGCUCAAUAUUUAAAGAAAUAUAUUUAAAAAUUCAUAAUAUUUCUAAGAAUAAGAUACUGGUUAUUAUUAUUAUUUAUUAUUAUUAUUAUUAUUAUUAUUAUUAUUUGAUUGUUGUUUAUUAACGUUAUUUAUUAAGUAAAUAUUUUACAAUUAGAAUUAAUGAAAUUCAUAUUGCUGUUAAAUACAUAAUAUUUUUUAAAUAACAGAACAUAACUAUAAACAAGAAACCAUACAAAUCAUGUAAAAUAAUAAAAAUCGCAUUAUUGUAUUUCUGACAUUUAUUCAUCGUAUGAUGCAUUCAACAUUUGUAUUGGCUAUAUUUCAUUCAACAAUUUCUGCCCAUAUAAUUGUUAGUCAGCCUAGAAUGUAGUGUGAUGGACCAAAGUAAAACAUUAUUUUUUUCCUCCUAAAAUUCUUUAUUGUGUAGAAACGUUUUAUUCAAGUUUUUUCACUUCUAUUUAUGCCCACAUCCUCACUAAAUAGAACCAAUAAUUAGACUGUAUAUAUAUUUCUUAAUUAAACUUCUAAUGUUAGUGUUUUGUGACAAGUUAUUUUAAUCUGAACAAGGAUAAACUCAAACAUGACUGAUGAUAACUAUUUGAUUGAUUGAUUGAUUGAUUCACAGUCGAUCAAAACUAUAAAAUAAUAAUGCACAAUGUUGGAUACAUUAUUAGUUUAAAAUUGGUGUUAGUUUUUUAUAUUGUUAUUGAAUUCCCACUUAGCAUGUUUAUGUAUUGUAGUCAUGUUGUGUAGGUUGUUUGCUUUUAUUACAAAUGAGCAUUAACAAUAAUAAACUUUAAAAGAAUUAAUGAA